AUGAGGCGGCAGGGGCGCCAACCGGCCAAGUGUCACCCGGUGCGGCCGGUGGGUGUCACCCAACGUGCACAUCAUUACGUUUGUUUUUCCGGACUUGGCUGGAGCCGGGAGCAACUGGAUGUAACCAGACAUUUCGAUCCGGCUGCCCGUAGACUUACAUUUGGCAUCCGAUCGGGUCCGCCUGAGAAACUGGCAUGUGGACCUGAUCGGAACACUCGUGACAGAAGUCCAGUUGAUAUGGACGCGUUACAUCUUAUCAGCACCAGAAGUGAAGAUGGGAACUCCGACAACAGCCUGGAUGAGGUUCUGACCUUCUCUCCGGAUCUGGGAUUGUCACCGGUCACUUCUCUUUCUGGGAACAUGGAUCAUCUCAACUGUAUGGACAGUAUCAGUCCAAGGAGAAGGCUGAAACUGUCCCCUGACUCCCAGAAUCCCAGCCCCGGCGAGACACCGUUACACACUACCAUGGGAACAGCGGCCUUUUCAGAUUUUCCCAUUGAGUCAACUCCUCCACAGACUUGCAGCACAAGUGAUUCCUCACUAGAAUACACCAUCCAUAAACCGUUAAAGAAGGCAACAAGAAGAGGAAAUGUGAGAGACAAUGUGGAGAACAAACGCCAAACAGAUACCAGAAAGAAAAAAUCUAGAAUGAAGCUUUCAGAACUGUUCCACAGCCCAGAGCUUGUUAUAAUGCAACAAAGUCACAGAACAGAGGAAAUCAAAGAAGGACCCAUCACACGGAGGAACGACAAAACAAAGGGCCUUCAAGACGUUUCCGAUAAUAAAAUGUUUAUGGUAAAUGACAUCAGUCCAACCUUAUAUUCUGCCGAUAAUGAAGAAGACGACCUCAUUAGUGAUCUUUCUAAGCGGUAUAGCUUACCAGUGGAAGGAGGCAAACACCAGGACCUUAGAUAUAUCACAAGUAAUACACUAGCAAACCUACUGGAAGGAAGAUAUAAGGAUACUGUGGAAAAAUACUAUGUGGUCGAUUGUCGCUAUCCUUAUGAGUAUGCUGGGGGGCAUAUCAAGGAAGCCUGGAAUUUAUAUAAAGAAGAACAUAUAUCAGAAUAUUUUCUAAAGAGGCCGCCUCUUCCCGAGAGUCGAACAGUGCUGAUAUUUCAUUGUGAAUUCUCCUCGGAGAGAGCUCCAAAACUGUGCCGUAUUUUAAGAAAUCUGGACAGGAAGGAGAACAUAUAUCCACAUUUAUAUUACCCUGAACUCUACUUGUUGAAGGGCGGUUAUAAGGAGUUUUAUGAAAACGUUAAGGAUCUUUGUGAGCCGCAAGGUUACGUGAACAUGCUUCACAGCGAUUUCACAGAUCAGCUCAAGAAAUACCAUACAAAGAAAAAGCCGCCCUCGGGACAGAGGGUGCGCAAGGAGCUUUUCAAACCGCUCAACUCCCACAAGCGCUUGGUGGAAAUCCAGACAAGGUUAUCCGACCGUAGCAGGAAGUUAGAAGAAAUCUCCCCAUCGGAGGAUGCAGACAACCGUAAGAAGCUGAGAGCGGUUCUGGGAUCUUCCCACUUUAUCUGA